GCCACUCCUAUAUCUAUCCCGCAGCACCUCACAUCGCGCGCUGUUUCUUUUUGCAUCAGGGAAAAAACCGGUUUCGGGUCUUUUGAAAGCACUGCAUAGCGCCUGUCUCUGCAAUUGAAGCUUUUUCUUGCCCUCUUGCUGAUUAAAUCGCCCCUAUAUUCGCUCCCUCUCUUCGCUUAUCAAAGCAAAAGCAACAACAUCAACACAAACCCUAUAAAACAGCGCGUCACAAUGCCUCCCAAGGCCGCCAAGGCUGCUGCCCCCAAGGCCGCUUCGGAUGCUAAGAAGCCUGCCGCGACCAAGACCAGCUCAAAGGCGACGUCCAAGACUGCCGCUGCUACCAAGGCGACAACAAGCAAAGCCGCCGCCGCCAAGGCCACCAAGAAGGAUGACAAGCCAGCCGUCAAGAAGACCACAGAUGAGCCCUUGACGAAUGGCGCCCCAGCAAGCAAGCGCAAGGCUUCGGAGACUGAGAGCGAGCAUGAGGAAGACGUCGUCAUGGAAGAGCCCCAGGCCAAGAAGACCAAGGUCGAAGACGCGCCCGUGCGCAAGGCACCCCCCAAGGCACCUGUCAAGGCUAAGAAGACUGCCCAUGUCGCAAUCGGAAAGAAACUCAACGAUGCCCCUACGCAAGUCUUGGACGUCUACGUCUUUGGUGAAGGCACAUCCGGUGAACUCGGGCUGGGAAGCAAGCGCGCCAAUGGCAAGAAGCCGAUCGACGUCAAGCGCCCUCGAUUAAACGACAACCUUUCGGCCAAGACAGUCGGAGUUGUGCAAAUUGCCUGCGGCGGCAUGCACGUCGUUGCGCUUACCCGCGAUAACAAGAUUCUCACCUGGGGCGUGAAUGACCAAGGUGCCCUGGGUCGAGACACAAACUGGGACGGUGGCUUACGGGAUGCCGACGAGGCUGAAGAUUCCGACUCGGAUGAUGAGGAUGAUACUGGCAUCAACCCCAAGGAGAGCACUCCUACCGCCCUGUCUGAGGAGGACUUUGCCCCCGGCACCAAAUUUGUUCAGGUCGAGGCAAGCGACAGCGCCUCCUUUGCGCUGACGGAAGACGGACGUGUGUACGGAUGGGGAACCUUUCGUUCCAGCGAUGGUAUCCUGGGCUUCACAGAGACUGUUCGGAUUCAGUCACGGCCUGCGCUCAUCCCUGCCCUAAAGAACAUCAAGGCUCUCGCCUCCGGAGCCAAUCACAUUCUUGCUCUCGACCACAAGGGCAAUGUUGUCGCCUGGGGAUGUGGCCAGCAGAACCAGCUUGGCCGACGUAUCAUUGAGCGUAACAAGAUGUCAUCUCUAAUUCCGCAGGGUGUUGGCCUGCCCCGAGGCAAAAUCGCCAAGAUUGCCUGCGGCUCAUAUCACAGCUUCGCCAUUGACAAGAACGGAGCCGUCUGGGGCUGGGGCUUGAACAACUUUGGCGAGAUUGGUGUUGAGAACAGUGCCGGCGAGGAUGAUGCUGUUAUCCUCAAGCCCGUCAAGAUCAGCUUCCUUGCGGACCACCCAAUCACAGAUAUUGCGGGUGGCAUCCACCACUCUCUGGCCUGCUCUUCCAAGGGAGAGCUGUUUGCUUGGGGUCGUAUCGACGGAUACCAGGUUGGCUUUGAGUCCGACGUCGUGGAAAAGGUCGACGAGGAGUAUGUCAUUCGUGACGAGAAGGGCACUGCCAGAAUCCUGGUCAAACCUACCAAACAUGAAGGUGUUUCUGACAUUGUGGCUGUCUCUGCCGGUACUGACAACAGCUUUGCUAUCAGCAAAGAUGGUAAAGUGUACUCUUGGGGCUUUUCUAGCAACUACCAGACCGGCCAGGGCACUCUUGACGACAUCCACGUCCCUACUUUGAUUGACAACACUGCCAUCAGGGACAAGAAAAUCAUCGCUGCUGGAGCUGGCGGACAGUUCUCUGUCCUCAUUGGCGUGCCCGAAGGGGCUACCACAAACGGCGAGGUCAACUAAAUCGCCAGCCCUUUAUCAGCAAAAGUUAUAUGUGACAGGGAGGAUAAGUAAGUGACAUCCAAUGGGAUGUUUUAACAUGGAGUUUCAAGCUGCACAAGCCUAUUCUCCAAGAUUGAUGGGGCUCGGUGGCUGCUUUAAUACAAAGGGCUCGACUCGAAGAGGUUCUGCCAUGCAUUGUUCAUUGUUUCUUCCAUUGCCUCACCGAGGAGGCCAUCAAAGAUUUGCAAAUGGACGAACAGACGGACGGACAGACGGACGGACUUGUCUCUGUAAUAUAAUGACGUGAUGGAUUUGGUUCUGCAAAUGGUGGACUUAUAUAUGGAGCUUUUCGUGUUUGUAUAGCCUACUGCUUUGAUGACAUUGCGCAUUGGCGUUGGUACUAGUUGAUUUAUGGAAUUAUAUCAAGAUUAUGUGAAAGA